CCGGAAUAACAUAAUCCCCGCCCAACGAUACUCUCACCUCCCUACCCUCCCCCUACGUCCAAAACCAGGGGCCGCCGCCGGUAACUGAAGCGAUUAUAACCUCACCCCUCCUAUUCCCCCAUCUCCACUCCUCCCUCCCUCCCCCCCUCUCUCUCUCUUCCUCUCCACGCGAUGCCGGCCGCCGUCUCUUCCCCUCUUCUCUUCACUCCCUCCUCGGCUCCACAAAUCCUGAAACCUCGAUCUCUUCUCCCCUUCCAAACCCUAAACCUCCGCCGCCCCGCGACAGUCUCGUCCAGCCGGCAGCUCGCCUUCCCCGGCUCCAUCCGUGCCGCCGUCGCCAUCGAGAAGGAGACCCCGGAGAACGAGCGGCCGGAGACCUUCCUCCGGGCCGCCGAUGGCACCGAUGUCGCCGCCCCGACAUCCGUCCGGGGGCGCUUUGAGAGGAUGAUCCGGGAGGCCCAGGACGAGGUUUGCGCCGCCAUUGAGGCGGUCGACGGCGGGGGGAAGUUCAAGGAGGACGUGUGGUCGAGGCCGGGUGGGGGCGGGGGCAUCAGCCGGGUGUUGCAAGAUGGUGGGGUUUGGGAGAAGGCUGGGGUUAAUGUGUCGGUGGUGUAUGGGCUCAUGCCCCCGGAGGCUUACCGAGCUGCCAAGGGGGAGCCCGGUGAUGGUGGUGGGGAUUCCUCGGUGAAGGCGGGGCCGGUGCCCUUCUUCGCUGCCGGAAUUAGUUCGGUUUUACAUCCAAAGAAUCCAUUUGCUCCGACUUUGCAUUUCAAUUAUCGGUACUUUGAGACUGAUGCACCAAAAGAUGCUCCUGGUGCGCCUCGGCAAUGGUGGUUUGGUGGUGGCACUGACUUGACUCCUGCAUAUAUCUUUGAGGAAGAUGUAAAGCAUUUUCAUAUGAUUCAAAAGCAAUCAUGUGAUAAAUUUGAUCCAAGUUUCUAUCCCAGGUUCAAAAAGUGGUGCGAUGAUUACUUCUUUAUCAAGCACCGUGGUGAGCGGCGUGGGCUUGGCGGAAUAUUUUUUGAUGACCUUAAUGACUGUGAUCAAGAGAUGCUUCUAGCUUUCUCUACUGAGUGCGCAAAAUCUGUCGUUCCAGCAUAUAUACCUAUUAUAGAACGGAGAAAGGACAUGCCUUUUACAGAACGGCACAAGGCAUGGCAACAAUUACGAAGAGGACGCUAUGUGGAAUUCAAUCUGGUCUAUGAUCGCGGAACUACAUUUGGAUUAAAGACAGGGGGCCGGAUUGAGAGUAUUCUUGUUUCUCUUCCGCUAACAGCUCGAUGGGAAUAUGAUCAUCAACCGGAAGAAGGAAGUGAAGAAUGGAAACUUCUAGAUGCAUGCAUCAAUCCAAAAGAAUGGAUAUGACUGUGAACAAGUUGGAGUGUAUUGUUUCAGUAGGAGCUGCUCAUUUCCUGUUAUGUAGUUAGGAAGCUGCUCAUCCAGAUUUCUUGUGUAUCUAGUAUGAAAUAAAAGUCGGGUUCUCGUUGAAAGUGCAGCAUAGAAAGUGCACUGAGUAUUGUAACCUAUCUGAGUUUGAUUCAAUCAUUUAAUAAAUUUGAUCAGCCACUUGGUGUCAUUUGAGGAUGA